GAAGAAGAAUGUCAAUGACAGCUACGAACUAAGCUAAAAUUAAUCGUGAGGUGAAAUCCAUUUUAAGUAAAAAAUGAUUUAAGGAGACAAAUUUAUGCAAAAGUGAUAAAUACUUAGUUUCGUUAAUAUACUGAAGUUCUUAUUAAUCGUAUUAAAAAGUGUCAACCUCUGGACAAAUGACUACAGUAGUGUGAAUGACUAUAGUGAUCAGUCUAUCCAAAAAAGGGUGUCUUCAAGAAAUGUGUUAGGCCCAUGAAUUUAUUGCGAAAAAGAAAAUAGAAGAUAUGAGUGGCAGACCCAGAACUACGUCAUUUGCAGAGGGUAAUAAGCAAGCUAAAAAUCCACCCCUAGGUGGCAUGAAAAUCAGCAGUAAAGACGGAAGCAAAGUGACGACUGUUGUAGCUACUCCCGGCCAAGGGCCAGACAGACCACAGGAGGUAUCCUACACUGACACCAAAGUAAUUGGAAACGGCAGCUUUGGGGUCGUAUAUCAAGCUAAAUUAUGUGAAACAUCGGAGUUAGUAGCAAUUAAAAAAGUACUGCAAGAUAAACGGUUUAAGAACCGAGAAUUACAAAUUAUGCGGAAGUUAGAACAUUGUAAUAUAGUUAAACUCAAAUAUUUCUUUUACUCUAGUGGAGAUAAGAAAGAUGAGGUGUACCUGAAUUUGGUUUUGGAAUACAUCCCUGAAACAGUUUAUAAAGUGGCACGUCACUACAGCAAAUCGAAACAAACCAUACCUAUUAGCUUUAUCAAGUUGUACAUGUACCAGUUGUUUCGUUCAUUAGCCUACAUUCACUCAUUAGGUAUAUGUCAUAGGGACAUCAAACCACAAAAUUUGUUGUUAGAUCCAGAAACUGGAGUAUUAAAAUUAUGUGAUUUCGGCAGUGCAAAGCAUCUUGUGAAAGGCGAACCAAACGUUUCCUACAUAUGCAGUCGGUACUACAGAGCACCUGAAUUAAUAUUUGGUGCUAUUGAUUAUACGACAAAAAUUGAUGUAUGGAGUGCGGGAUGCGUUUUAGCAGAACUCCUCUUAGGUCAGCCUAUAUUUCCCGGAGACUCCGGCGUUGAUCAAUUGGUUGAGAUUAUCAAAGUGUUGGGAACACCGACUAAAGAGCAAAUCAAAGAAAUGAAUCCAAAUUACACGGAAUUCAAGUUUCCCCAAAUCAAAUCACAUCCAUGGCAACAGUUUAUGUUAACAAGAAUGUCGAUGCCGUUUGACAGCACAAAUCAUCAAAAAAUACGUGUAUUCCGAGCACGUACACCGCCGGAAGCAAUUGAAUUGGUAGCGAAAUUGUUAGAAUAUACGCCAUCUUCGCGAAUUACCCCCCUUCAGGCUUGCGCACACAACUUCUUCAACGAAUUGAGAGAACCAAAUACUCGCCUACCUAAUGGAAAAGAACUCCCCCCAUUAUUUAAUUUCACUGAACAAGAAUUAAACAUUCAGCCAGCGUUGAAUGCUACACUUUUGCCUCGAGGUGGUCAAACUGGACAAGAUGCAGAUAAUAAUAUGCAAGACCAUCCUUCGUCUUCUACUAACCCACAAUCGACAGACCCUGCAACAACUCCAAUCCAACCAACAACGUCAAGUAUAGCUUAGAUGGUCCAUACCAUCGUGUAAAGUGCUGUUUCGAUGUUUGUUGUACUGCAUAGAUUAACUAAAUCAGCAAUACACUAAGCCAGGCGUUCAGUAGUGUUUAUAAUAUUAAUAAAAGAAAAAAAACGCUAGAAAUCUUCAGAAAGCGAAAAAUUCGUAUCGAAGAAUCACUAUUAUUGGUAUUUUUAUUAUUUCUAUUUAUAUGGGUAAACAUAUUAGUGUCUGGAAAUAAUAAUAAGCUCAAAGAAACAAAAAAUACGUUAGUAAGGAGAAGAUGUUAAAUUACUAAUUAUAUCAGUGGGUUACGGUACAAGCUUUUCAAGUGACUGAUUGUAUAAAUUAUUGUAUGAUCUGACAUAUUUGUAGAUAAACUAGACAUUUUCAAUUAAAA